UCGGCUCUAGAAACCCAAGGAAGGCGGGCGCAAAAGUGCGACGUUUCCCCGCUCCAGCUUCACUGCCCCGGGCGGAGUUCCAGCCUCUGGAGAACCUCUGGAGAACCUCUGCCUGUGACCACAUCCCUUCCCAACAUGGCGCCAUCUCCAGACCGCCUCGCGCGGGUCCGCCGUGCUGACGUACGUGCGAGCGUGUCCUCCGCGCCGGAUACCGGCGCAUGCGCACUCCGUGCUGUCUUCUCCCGGCCAGAGCAGCAGCGGCGGCGGCGGCGUUUGAGUGGAGGAAGAUGGCGGCUCCGGGCGGCUCGGGGUCCCGCCAGCUGUGAGCCUCCCCAGUGCGGCAAGCGCCGCUUGAGGCGAAGCACCUCUCCUCUGGCCCUAUCCCCGGCUCCCUCAUCGCCGUCGCCAGCGGAGCGAACCCGAGAGCGUGGCGCGGGCUGGGCCAGCAUAGCUGUUUGAGUGGAAUGUCAUGGCCAGCUCUUCGGACAGUGAAGAUGACAGUUUCAUGGCUGUGGACCAGGAAGAAGCUGUGCUGGAAGGGACAAUGGAGCAGGAUGAGGAGCCCCACCCGGCGCUGGAGGCCGAAGAGACGAGACAUAACAGGUCCAUGUCUGAACUGCCAGAAGAGGUUUUGGAGUAUAUCCUGUCCUUUCUUUCACCAUACCAGGAGCACAAAACUGCAGCCCUUGUCUGCAAACAGUGGUAUCGACUUAUCAAAGGUACUGUGGACAGUGGAAAGGCUUAUUUAUUUAAAAUAUGUUUUAAUGAUUUAUUUUUGAACUCCCAAUUUCAUUUUUCCCUUUCUCCCGUAAAUUUACAUAUGGGCUAUAAUUAUGGUGCCAGAGGGGCUUCAGAGUUAAACAUCAGCUAUGCAUUUAUUGUUUUCUUUCUAGGUGCAUGCUAUUACGAUGCUAAUCAGUCUAUGUAUGUGUUUGGAGGCUGUACCCAGAGCAGCUGCAAUGCUGCCUUCAAUGACCUCUGGAGACUUGACCUAAAUAGCAAAGAGUGGAUCCGACCUUUGGCUUCAGGAUCCUAUCCUUCCCCUAAAGCUGGAGCAACUCUGGUCGUGUACAAGGACCUGCUGGUGCUGUUCGGUGGCUGGACGCGGCCAAGCCCAUAUCCCCUACACCAACCAGAGAGAUUCUUUGAUGAAAUACACACUUACUCACCCUCUAAAAACUGGUGGAACUGCAUUGUGACAACCCAUGGGCCACCUCCCAUGGCUGGCCAUUCCUCCUGUGUGAUAGAUGACAAAAUGAUUGUCUUUGGUGGCUCCUUAGGAUCCCGGCAAAUGAGCAACGAUGUCUGGGUCCUUGACCUUGAGCAGUGGGCGUGGUCCAAGCCGAACAUCUCCGGCCCCAGUCCUCAUCCUCGAGGUGGCCAAUCUCAGAUUGUCAUAGAUGAUGCAACUAUCUUAAUCCUUGGAGGCUGUGGCGGUCCGAAUGCUCUCUUCAAGGAUGCUUGGUUGUUGCACAUGCACUCGGGCCCCUGGGCCUGGCAGCCACUCAAGGUAGAAAACGAAGACCAUGGGGCGCCAGAACUGUGGUGCCACCCAGCUUGUCGGGUGGGGCAGUGUGUGGUGGUCUUCAGCCAGGCUCCUAGUGGAAGAGCCCCACUCAGCCCCAGUUUGAACUCCCGCCCAUCGCCUAUCAGUGCCACUCCUCCAGCUUUGGUUCCUGAAACCCGAGAGUACCGCUCUCAGUCUCCAGUAAGGAGUAUGGAUGAAGCCCCUUGUGUUAACGGCCGCUGGGGCACACUGAGGCCCAGAGCUCAAAGGCAGACCCCCUCAAGUUCCCGGGAAGGGAGCCUUUCCCCAGCCAGAGGAGAUGGCUCUCCCAUCCUCAAUGGUGGGAAUUUGUCUCCAGGAACAGCAGCUGUAGGUGGCUCUUCCUUGGACAGCCCUGUGCAGGCCGUAUCUCCUAGCACUCCGUCUACCACUGAAGGAUAUGACCUCAAAAUGGGACUUUCUUUGGCCCCCCGACGAGGGUCACUACCGGAUCAGAAAGAUCUGAGGUUAGGAUCAAUAGAUCUGAAUUGGGAUCUGAAACCCGCUUCGAGUAGCAAUCAUAUGGAUGGUGUGGACAACAGGACAGUUGGGGGAAGCAUGCGACACCCUCCUGAACAAACGAAUGGUGUGCAUACCCCACCACACGUGGCCAGUGCCCUUGCAGGAGCUGUCUCCCCAGGUGCCCUGCGUCGGAGCCUAGAAGCCAUCAAAGCAAUGUCGUCCAAAGGCCCCUCAGCCUCCGCAGCACUAAGUCCUCCUCUGGGGUCUUCUCCAGGCUCUCCCGGGAGCCAGAACCUGAGCAGUGGAGAAACAGUGCCCGUUCCCCGCCCAGGGCCUGCCCAAGGAGAUGGACAUUCCUUACCUCCCAUUGCCCGCCGCCUGGGCCACCACCCUCCGCAGUCCCUAAAUGUUGGCAAACCUUUGUACCAGAGUAUGAACUGCAAGCCCAUGCAGAUGUAUGUGCUAGACAUUAAGGACACCAAGGAGAAGGGGCGGGUCAAAUGGAAAGUAUUUAAUAGCAGUUCUGUGGUCGGACCUCCUGAAACCAGCCUGCAUACAGUGGUCCAAGGCAGGGGUGAACUCAUCAUAUUUGGAGGACUCAUGGACAAGAAACAGAAUGUGAAGUACUAUCCAAAAACAAACGCCUUGUACUUUGUGCGAGCAAAGAGAUAAUGUGUUCUAAACCCCCUUCCCUUUCUGUGGCUUUUAAUUUUCCAGCGUGCAAGCAUUUGGACUGAGAAUUGGGAAAACAAAGGA